CUGACCCGGACCAACUCUACCCGUAUCCAACCCGCAAAUGCAUUGCCAGAAGACAUAACCACAUACAAAAUGACAGUCAGCUCCUCCCACGAGACCGAAAAUGAAAAUGAUAACCUCCUCCAACGCUGCUGGCGGCAACAGUCCUGUCCCAAUUGUCUCGACACAUCCCGCUGCAGCUGGUGUCCCUUUGUAUGUAUGCCCCCUCCCCCUAUCUUCUCAGCACUGCCCACUCCUCUUUGGUCCCUCAACUCCCAACCUGAUACCCAAACCCAAUCUAAUACAAUUUACUUACCAACCCCCCAAAACGGCACAUUCAAACCCAACAAAGACACAGUCCUGCACCCCAAACACAUAUCCCUUCCCACUCCUCGCGCCGGCACACGACGAGCACAUCUGCCCGCUGUGGAGCGAGCGCUGGGAGCUGCGCACCCGGCCCUUUGGGUGCGCCGUGUCAACCGUGACGAGUCUGAGUGUGCUUGUCGCUGUUGUCUCGACAUUACUGCUUGUGGGCCUCAUAUUGGGCGGUGUGACACUCUCUCGGUGGGGUAGGAGGCGCCUGCGGGACAGGGGCUGGUGGUGGGAGCGGACGUGGUGGUGGUG